AACUACCAUAACCUCCUGUCUUCCCACUUGAGCCAUGUGAGUCUCCCAUGGCUUCUCCAUCUGCUUGUACACAUUCCAUUAGCUCCCCACUUCACUUCUCCCCAUAAUCCUCUCUCUCUCCGUGUUGUAUAUUCUUCUCCCCCGUUCGAUCCGGACAAUGCCCGACACAAAUGGAGCUCCUAAUUCCAAUCCCAAACCAAACCCUAACAAACAGGAGAGACCUCCGUUGCUCAAGAAAUCCAAAAUCAUUGCCGACAACACACUCGCCGGCCAACUUUUCCCCGCUGUUCGCCGUGUCUCUUCUACUUCGCCAUCCUCCUCUGAAUCUCAUACCACUUCCGCGACUAAUGAUGCAAAUUUUGGAUUUGGCGAUCGUGACUACGUUUACCCCUCUUUUCUUGGACCGCAUACUACUAGGAAUAGAGUCAACGUCAAGUCAACUUCGAAAUCCCAGAGGAAUAAGCACGACUUACCAGCUCGUAGCGAGUCUAUGCCUUCCAAUUUGAGUUGUGAAGCUAAGGUGGAGUCAAAGAUGAAGCCCAAGCCCAAGCUGAAAGCUGAGAAAGAUUUGAAUGCUUUGUCAAUUCAAGUCUCAAGUUCAGCUUCUUCGGCUUUGUCAGGGUCCAGUUCAGCUAACUUCUCCAAUGCUCGAAGACCUUCUGCUCAUAGAUAUUCGUGGAUUCUUCUUUUGCUUAAGUUUCUUUGUACAUUAUCUGUAUCUCACACAUUAUAUUUGCGGAAUGAAGUCUCUAAACUUCAGGAGGAGAAUAUUAGUCUUCGUAGAGCUUGUAGCCAUGUUGAUCUUGCCAGCGCUGGUAUCAUGGAGCUUGAAGAAGUUAAUUCAUUAGUGUAUUUUGGUAAUGCUGACAGCAGAACAGUUGCUCUGUACAUGGUGGUGUUCAUCCUCGUUAUUCCUUUUGCAUUGUACAAAUAUCUUGACUAUCUUCCGAGAAUAAUUGAUCUCUUGAAGAGGAAAUAUACCAUAAAGGAGGAGGUUCCACUGAUGAAAAGGAUUGCAUAUGUGGUGGAUGUGUGUUUCUCAGUUUACCCUUAUGCAAAGCUUCUUGCACUUCUUUUUUCCACUCUCUUUCUAAUUGGAUAUGGUGGAUUGGCACUUUAUGCUGUUGGUGAUGGCAGCUUUAUUGAAGCUAUUUGGCUUUCUUGGAGCUUUGUAGCGGACUCUGGAAACCAUGCUGAUAUGGUUGGUGCAGGGCCAAGGAUAGUUUCAGUUCUGAUAAGCUCUGGAGGCAUGCUCAUAUUUGCUAUGAUGCUGGGGCUUGUUUCAGAUGCUAUUUCAGAAAAAGUGGAUUCUUUAAGGAAAGGAAAGAGUGAGGUGAUCGAAAGUAAUCACAUUCUUGUCCUUGGAUGGAGUGAUAAAUUGGGGUCACUUUUGAAGCAGUUAGCAAUAGCAAACAAGAGCAUUGGUGGUGGUGUUGUCGUUGUUCUUGCGGAAAGAGACAAGGAGGAGAUGGAGAUGGACAUAGCAAAGUUAGAAUUUGAUUUCAUGGGAACUUCAGUUAUCUGCAGAAGUGGCAGUCCGCUGAUACUUGCUGAUCUGAAAAAGGUAUCAGUCUCGAAAGCACGUGCAAUCAUUGUCUUAGCAUCUGAUGAGAAUGCUGAUCAGAGUGAUGCACGUGCUCUAAGGGUUGUACUUAGCCUAACUGGAGUAAGAGAGGGGUUGAGAGGUCAUGUUGUUGUGGAGAUGAGUGAUCUCGACAACGAACCAUUAGUGAAGCUUGUUGGUGGUGAACUUAUUGAAACAGUUGUUGCGCAUGAUGUGAUUGGGAGGUUGAUGAUACAAUGUGCUUUGCAACCUGGCCUUGCUCAGAUUUGGGAAGACAUUUUGGGGUUUGAAAAUGCAGAAUUUUAUAUCAAACGGUGGCCUCAACUGGAUGGUGUACCCUUUGAAGAUGUACUGGUAUCAUUUCCGGAGGCUAUUCCUUGCGGUGUUAAGGUUGCUGCUUAUGGCGGCAAGAUUAUCAUAAAUCCUGAUGAUAGAUAUGUUCUAAAAGAGGGUGAUGAAGUCCUUGUCAUAGCUGAGGAUGAUGAUACCUAUGUGCCAGGUCUCUUACCAGAGGUAAAUAAAGGCCUAUUCCCUAGGAUAACUGAUCCUCCAAAAUAUCCAGAACGAAUCUUAUUCUGUGGCUGGAGACGUGAUAUUGAUGAUAUGAUUAUGGUACUGGAGGCAUUAUUGGCUCCAGGGUCUGAAUUGUGGAUGUUUAAUGAGGUGCCCGAGAAUGAUAGAGAAAAAAAGUUGACUGAUGGGGGUCUUGAUAUAUCAGGACUAGAGAACAUAAAACUUGUCCAUCAUGUGGGAAAUGCAGUGAUUAGACGUCAUUUAGAGGGUCUUCCUCUGGAGACAUUUGAUUCGAUUUUGAUUCUUGCAGAUGAAUCCGUUGAAGACUCCAUUGUUCAUUCUGAUUCACGGUCUCUUGCCACCCUCCUUCUCAUCCGAGAUAUCCAGUCGAAGCGUCUUCCUAAUAAAGAUUCUAGGUCGGUUCCUCUACGGCAUUCAGUGUUUUCUCAGAGCUCCUGGAUUCGUGAAAUGCAGCAGGCAUCAGACAGAUCAAUAAUAAUAAGUGAGAUAUUGGACUCUAGGACAAGAAAUCUUGUGUCAGUGUCUAGAAUAAGUGAUUAUGUGCUGUCAAAUGAACUGGUGAGCAUGGCACUUGCAAUGGUAGCAGAAGACAAACAGAUUAAUCGUGUGCUAGAAGAAUUGUUUGCGGAAGAGGGAAAUGAAUUAUGCAUCAAGCCAGCCGAGUUUUAUCUGUAUGACCAGGAAGAAGUGUGCUUCUACGAUAUCAUGAGAAGGGGUCGUCAAAGACGGGAGAUAGUGAUUGGAUACCGCAUUGCAGCUGCAGAACGUGCUGUGAUUAACCCAGCAGGCAAGUCAAAGCAAAGAAAGUGGUCCCUUGAUGAUGUUUUUGUGGUUAUUUCCUCAGGUGACUGAAAACCUUCUUUAUAUUAAUCAUCACAAAUCCUCUCCAGACAAGCAGCAUUCACUACAAAAGAGGCAAAUGAGGUAAACUUCAACCAGCAGAUUAGGUAGAAAAUAAUAGCAAGAGCUGGUCCGCAUAGUUAAUUUCCUCUAUUUUUUUUGUCUUAUACAUUUUGCCAUACAAAUCGGGGAAAUGAAGAAUGAAAAUUUCCCAUCAUUAGGGAAUUAGUUUUUUGGCAUCCUCUCUUGAAGCACUUGAGUUAUCAAAUAGUGCUUUAAUUCAAAGACUUCUUAUAAAUUACAUGCACAUUAUCAAAUAA